GACUGUAUCACCGGAGCGAUGCUUGAAGUCACUCUCAUCAGCAACAAAGCGAAGCAACAGCAGCAGCAGCACUGACGUAAACCAUUCACCACAUCACCGGAACCAUACGGACCCGCACCGACACCAUACCGAGAGGACGUAUAGGAUGCACACGGAGCGCUGAUCGUGAUGAUGCUCAGACUGCGAUUCACGGCAACGUUAGAAAUGCGCGUUAAAUGGAGACUCAUGACAAGAGAUGCUGCAGGGUGCCGCAUUGCCUGGCCGCUUGAUGAUGGUAGGAUAGAGCAGCGCUUUUAACCGUCAUUGGGGUGGGAUGGAGUGAAUGAACAGAUUUGUAGUCUAGUCAAUGCCUCCGAUUUGAUCAUAUACGCAAACUCAGACGAUUUCCGCCUGCUAAAGCCAUACACACACACAGACACACGCAUAUAUACAAUCGACGAGCACGACCAAAUGAAUGUACGUGAAUUAAUGUUAUUAAUAGACCCAUGAUACAGGUGAACUCAUGAGCUGAAGUAACAGUGUCGUAGCUCACACUCAGGACCAUCUCCAAAGUCAGCUUAUUAUUCGAAAGCGCUGCAGCGAUAGGGCUUUUUAUGAUUGGCAUUUUCAUCAUUAACAUAUAGAGUGUAUAUAUAUAUCUAUAUAUAGUGGUAGUACAGUAUAGUCAGCAUUGGCUCAGUGCAAGGACAAUGACUCAUUUACAGGCAGGCCUGUCUCCAGAAACCCUGGAGAAAGCCAAGGUGGAGUUAAAGGAGAACCCCGACACUUUGCAUCAGGACAUACAGGAGGUGAGGGACAUGAUCAUCACCCGUCCAGACAUUGGCUUUCUCAGGACAGACGAUGCUUUCAUCCUGCGCUUUCUUAGAGCUCGGAAAUUUAACCAUUUCGAGGCCUUUCGCCUCCUGGCCCAAUACUUUGAGUACCGGCAACAGAACCUAGACAUGUUCAAGAACCUGAAGGCCACCGAUCCGGGGAUCAAGCAGGCUCUGAAAGAUGGAUUUCCUGGAGUCCUUUCCAAUCUGGAUAGAUACGGGAGGAAGAUUCUAGUCCUGUUCGCAGCCAACUGGGAUCAGAGCAGGUACACUUUUGUGGAUAUUCUGCGAGCUAUUUUACUUUCUCUGGAGGCAAUGAUAGAAGACCCGGAGCUACAAGUUAAUGGAUUUGUCUUGAUCAUUGACUGGAGUAACUUCACUUUCAAGCAAGCUUCCAAGCUCACACCAAGCAUGCUGAGAUUGGCAAUCGAGGGCCUGCAGGAUAGCUUCCCAGCCAGGUUUGGAGGGAUUCAUUUUGUCAACCAACCUUGGUACAUCCACGCUUUGUACACAGUCAUCCGGCCUUUUCUCAAGGACAAAACAAGAAAAAGGAUUUUCAUGCAUGGAAACAAUCUGAACAGCUUGCACCAGCUGAUCUUGCCUGAGAUUCUGCCGUCUGAACUGGGUGGCAUGUUGCCUCCGUACGACAUGGGCACAUGGGCCAGAACGCUGCUUGACCACGCAUACGACGAGGAGACGGACUACUGCCCCGAAUCCUACACCCUGUCUGUCAAAGAUCUGGAGAAAGACCUGUCGCCCAAAACCAUGAAGAGGUCCCAGUCUGUGGUGGAGCCAGGUGUCCUGAAACGACCAGAGAAAGUGAAAAGUGAAGAAGAGAACAUGCAGCCGCUACUUUCGCUGGACUAAAGCUUCUUAAUUCCCCAGGCAAUGAGGAACCAUCCCGCCCCGUCUGCUGGGAAGGAGUGUACCUUGUUCCUGUAACACACGAAAACACGAAAAAAAAAAAUGUACAAAGCAAGCAAAUGUUAAGAAACGAAAGAACACACCAAACAGCCUCCAGGAAAACUACGGAGGGCUGCCAGUUAGAGCGAUAUUUUUGAAGCAAAAGCGAACGGCGGAUGUCCGUAUGUAUUUGUCAAGUGCCAAUUCAAACGUGUAAAUACACUUCAGUUCUAGACGUGAGAUUGAGGGAGUAAUUGUGACAUGAACCUUGUAAAGACUGCUGUGAAUAACCUGUGUGCGCUUCUCGUGAUUAUAAUGUAGAACAUGGUACUGUAGGACGGAUAAUCAUGCUUAUAAAGAAUCACAAAAAGCUUCGGGGGUUUCUGACAUUUAUAAAACCCCAAUCAGGAGUCGCUCUGUGGAGUAUUUCGAGAGGAACGCAUUGACAAGCAUAUGCUACUUCCAUUAAAGCAAAAACACCGUCGCUCAUGCAGGUUUCAGUGUUUCACAGUAACUCCCCAUUUACCCAGAAAGAGCUUUUCCUAUGAGUGUUUGCUCUUAUUUUACCACACCUUAAGCUGUGUUAUUGGGUUAGUAUUCUUAUAUCCCAAAGGGGUCUGGCACAUUUAGUAUUGGCUAUAGUUGUUUCUUCACUGAUGGCCUUGUUGUUUACACUCUUGAUGUGGAUCUGCAGAAUAUUGCUUUAUUUUAUAUCCAUUUUCCUUAUUUAGGUAGUUUCCAAGGCAGAUUUGUAUUCAUACCAAGUACCAGAUAAAGUACUUCUUAAGUUGGGAUAGUUCAGCCAAAAAUGUGUAUUGUAUUAUUAACUCACCCCGUGCUUCUAAUAACGCUUAAACAGUGUAGGUGAUGACUAGUAUGUCUGAAUUAAUAGUAUUUAUAAAACAUUAUACUGAUAGUACUUUAGGGUGCUUUCACACCUGUAGAUCUAUUGUUUUGUUCCGAAACAGGGAUUCAAAUUGUUACAAUGUUGCUCUUUGUUGUUGGUGUGGUUCGCUUUCACACUGCAAAGUUUCUCAAUGGACCAAAAGAGGUAAAACAAGUUACGUGCGAGUAAACUCUUCUCACAUUGGAGUUUCAUGGCUUAUUUUUCAGAGUCCCGCUCAGCUGUCAUGCGUCCUUAUUUUAAUUUAUGAUGAUGAGCAAUAAGACAUUAUAAGCGAAAAGCUGCGCCUUAAUUUUGAAUUAUGACACCCACAGACAUCGUCACCAAAUAUGAAUCAGAGGUAAGACUUUCUCAUACAUAGCAGUUGGCUUAUGCAUUAUAGGCUUUACAUUAUAAAGAGAAAUAUAAGAUAACAGAUAAACCAAGACUGCUGUUUGGUCAAUUUUCCUAUUGGAUAAACAGCUCUCGUUAAUAGUUAACAUGCUUUCGCUUUCGUAUUUGACAUGAGAAGCACAUUUACCGGUGGUAAUGAUGAUAUCCUGCCCUACUCGUAAUUCUCUCUUCAUAUAGUCAAAUAUUCCUAUUAAAUAUCCAUAAAACACUGUGAUAUAGCCGGGCUCGGAUCGUAUUGCUUUCUCACUACAAUUGAUCCGCUCCAGAGUUUGUUUCAAUCGAGCCGAGACCACCUCAUUCAGGCGAUCUCGGACCAAUUGUUUUGGUGUGGAUCCAAGCGUGAUGCUGGAUUCACAAAUGCCAAGUGAACCGCGCUAACUGGGGAAACAUGCCAGGUUCUGAAACAAAAGUCUAGGUGUGAAAGCACCCAUAGUCAACCCAGGCUCAUUCUGAAAAUGUACCUCUAUAUACAUUUCUGGAGAGUGCCAAAUACGUCCCAGGAGCUAUGUUUUUUUUUUUGCAGUUUUUGUUUUCUCGAAUCCACCAGAGACCACUGUGUAUGCUUUUUCAGAUCUCAAUUUUCUCUCAAGAGUGCCAUUCGCACCUGCUGUUCUCAUGUAAAUCCACCAGAGGCUGCUGUCGACUGACUGACUGAUAACCCCACCAACUGCCUUCCCUAAACCCAACCAAUAUUGUUUACAAAUAGCACCAACUGAUCGGCUCCUACCCACUUCCCUAAACCCAACCGACAGUUUCAGAUUUUACCACAUUCUCACCCUGUUAUUUACUUGUUUAUUUUAUUUUUGGGUUUUUGAUUUUGUCUUACCUGUUUUCUGGAACCGUUCUUUGCCAGAUUCAAACCCCAUUGUCAUGAUAAACUCUUUUUAUGUGUCUCAAGUCUGCCGACGUACAUGUGACAAACUACAAUCUGGACAAACUGGUAACAGCGGGAAAGCCAUGUUACCUCCAUGUGGAGGUAAGCGGUCAGCUGGUGAGCGAAAAAAGGAACUGCACUCUGUACCUUUUGUUUUAAAGACAAAAUUCAGCCAUACGUAGCUCUGGCAACAUAAUUCGUGAUCUCCAGAAAUUAAUAAAAGGCUAUGUUUUCAGAAUGAGCCUAUGUUGACUUUAGUAUUUUCACCAAGAUUCAUAAUAUGAGGCUGUACACAUAUUAUGUCUAAAAAUGUGUGGAAAGAACAAGUCUCGUCACUCCCUUUACCAUUUUAAAUGGGCUUCUGUGCUCUCAUUCCUAUGGCGUCUGUUGUUGCUAGGCAACCAUUAUCUCAGAGGAUGACAAACACAUUAAUUCCACAUGUUGUGUGCAUCACUCCCUAUUUGCGUGUGCAAGCCUCGCACCUCAAUUGGGAUAUAACAAACUUUUAGUGCGAAAAAGAUGUAAAUGUAAACUAUGACUACCCAGGCUCAUUAAAAAUUAUGUGACUCAGCGUAAUUUUUUUGCAAAACAUGAUAUCCAUUCUCUGGGUACGUUUUUUUUUUUGCUCGUUUCAGAUAACAAAUCCACUAAAGGGUGCUCUGUAUAUUUUUGCUAAUCUGAAAUAUGUUACUUAUGGUAUUUUUUGUUGUCCGUUUCAGAUACAUGUCCUUCUUGAACACGUCCACAAGAAGGCCACGCUUGCAAUACAGAUCAGCUAGCAAACCACUUCCCUAAACUCAACCAAUAGGGUUUUCGAAAGCAAACGUAAAGUAAAAAUGCAAUGCGAUCAUGUAAUUUUACCCUUGAUUUUUCAUAUUACUUUUGUCUCUUUAGUGAAAUCAUGUUUCAUCAGACUCAAACCACACAGGUGCAACAUCGUACAAAGUGAGCUACCAGGCAAAGUGAUCACAAGUAAGGUAAAUGUGCUAGAUUUACAAUUUAUGGACAUCGUUUAGUUGUUUUGUGGUAUUUAUUUGGAGCUUUGCAAAAAAAAAAAUGCACGAAAAGGAAACUUUUAUCCAUUGAUAAUUUGCUCAAAUAAUUAUCGAACAAAAGAUGCUGACGUUAUACUGCCCUGUAGCAUUUAUUUUUUACCUAGAACCUGCACCCAAACGAUACAUCUUUUGUGGUUUUACAAAGAUUUAGAUGCAACUGAUGCUGUAGGUAAAUACUUUAGAUAUGUUUACAUGUAUUCAAAUAAUCUGAUUGUAACUGGAUUGAUAAAUCCAACCAGACUGAAAAGUGAAGUAACUUUCGUGUAUGAUAAACUCAAUUCGAAUGAAACUUCAGUUAGAUUGAAAAGUGUGGUGUCGACCUAAAAUAAUCAGGAACAAAUGGAGCAAACAAAUGUAACUUUUCCUCAAUCAGAAACUUUUGUGCAUUCAUUGUGUCGUGAUGCAUUUGUUUACAUCGCACACGUGUUCAUACAUGAAUUUAGUCUAUAUAUAAACUGGACUUUUGUUUGGAUACCCCAUGAGAGUGAAUUUUGAUAUAUCCUAACUUAAAACAGUUGGAUUAAAUAUCAAACCCAACAGGUAACUCAAUGAUGGGUCAUUUUUCUCAUUGACUUGCUGUUGGGCUAUUUUAACCCUAUCCAUUGAGUUGUUAAAGUUAACCCAACAAUUUGGGUUACAAAAAUAAAUUAUUUGUUGGGUUAUUUUGCCAAAAAGUGGCUUAACCACUAUAUAAUAUUAUUAUUGGGUUGAUGUCUUCACAGGGUCCUAAAGACGAGAAUGAUGGCUGAAUUUCUCAAAUAUGUGUAUUAUUUCCUCCAAAAAAAAAUGUAGAAAUGAGGUAGAGAAAGUGUUUUUAUCCGUAUAUAGAUCUGCUAUGAAAUGCACGUUUGUAUCAUCAAAUUAAAAGUGCUGGUGAAACGGAUAUAUAAAAAACAUGACACAGUGGUAAUUUGAUAAAAAAAUAAACUAUAUUAUUGCGUUAGAGCUUAAAUAAACUUUAUAAUGCAAAAACAACAUUACUUACGCUUAUUAAUACAGCUGUUCUGUGUCAGUUAAAUCCGUUGACUGUUUAAAUUCAAAAUAUUUAACCCAACUGGUUGAGUUAUUAAAUAAAUAACCCUACAAAAGCUAAAAAUAACCCAACAAAGCACCAAAUAUUUAACCCAAUUGGUUGAGUUAUUAAUAACUAACCCAAAAAAGGUUAAAAAUAAGCCAACAAAGCGCCAAAUAAAUUUAAGUCAGCCAUUGGGUUAAAUAAAUAACCCAACGUUUUUUAGAGUGUAGUAUACUAUUGACAUUUCCAGUCAAAGAUUAUCAUACAAGUUUAGAACGAUAUAAAGGUGAGUAAAUAAUGGCAAAAUAUUCAUUUUUGGCUCAACUAUCUCUUCAGUGUUUAUUAAAUCGCUUCGUUCAGUAUUGCAAACUAUAACAUUAAGACACUGGUUUACACAGAGCCAUAAACAAGGUGUUGUACAGUCACACAUGCUAGUGCAUGCUUCCACACGGUUAUCUUGGUCAGCUUAUGGUUUAGAUUGUGUGAAAAUAGUUUUCUCUUAAUUACUCAGCUGUUUUCUGGAAUGCUGUGCUGUUAGUUUCUUUGGGGAUAGGAUUUUUCAGCUAGGUUAUGAAUUUAAAGGAUAAUUUCACCUUUUGAUUUCAGGGAUUUAUUCUGGGUGUGCAUGUGUAAGGAACAAGGGCAAUAUAAAGUACAGUUAAAAUACAAGUGCAAACAAACCUUCCAGACUUUUGAGAAUUUAUUUAUUUAUUUUUAUUAUUAUUUGUUUUUAUCUAACGCGAGCAAAUAGUUAGACAUCGCCACUUAUUUUUAAGGAAAUUAUUUUUCCCAGACAAAAAAUGUACAAUACAAAGACUUAUUUAAAGCCACUAACAUGGCUGAAGAGUCAAAUUUAGGAAUAUUGUUGUUAUCUUAGUAUUUAAUGUGAUUAUACAAUGUACAAUUAUGUGGGCACAGCUUCUGUACAGUGGCUCAGUUUUGUCCUAUUUUUAUUUUUGUAUUUCAUAUCCAUCCAUUCAUAAAGUUUACAAAUGAUUUUUGUAUAUUUGCUGAGACAUACAUACAAUAUGGAUGCACUGGCAGUAUCUAAAGCUUAGCUGUGUAUACUCAGCUUUAUAUAUAUAUAUACACUAUCUGACAAAAGUCUUGUCAUCGAUCCUAGUUGUAAGAGCAACAAAUAAUAACUUCUAGUUGAUCAUUUGGAAAAGUGGCAGAAGGUAGAUUUUUCUGAUGUGUUGAACUGCAUCCCAAUCAUCACAAAUACUGCAGAAGACCUAUUGGAACCUGCAUGGAUUCUCACAGAAAUCAGUCAAGUUUGGUGAAGAAAAAAUUAUUGGUUUGGGGUCACAUUCAGUAUGAGGGCGUGCGAGAGCUCUGCACACUGGAUGGCAACAUCAACAGCCUGAGGUAUCAAGACAUUUGUGCUGCCCAUUACAUUACAAACCACAGGAGAGGGCAAAUUUUUCAGCAGGAUAGCUCUCCUUCUCAUACUUCAGCCUCCACAUCAAAGUUCCUGAAAGCAAAGAAGGUCACGGUGCUCCAGGAUUGGCCAGCCCAGUCACCAGACAUGAACGUUAUUGAGCAUGUCUGGGGUAAAAUGAAGGAGCAGGCAUUGAAGAUGAAUCCAAAGAAUCUUGAUGAACUCUGGGAGUCCUGCAAGAACGCUUUCUUUGCCAUUCCAGAUAAUUUUAUUAAGAGAUGAA